AUGGUCCUGCACCGAAAAGAGGCGCGGGCUGGACCCGGAGACCUCGAGAAAACUAAAAUCGACUUACUGGCUUACGCGGAUUAUACGCUGACCCGCCUCGCUGACUACGGGUCUGAAGCUCAAACGUCGUGGGCAGACUCGAAGCAAGGCAGAUCGGUGAUUCGGCUGGAUGAGAUCGCCAUUCAGCGCCACUCCAGUACAGCUGUGUCCGGCGUCUCUUUGGACAUGCAGGUUUUUUUGCGCGCGUUGGGAUUUGUUUAUUUCGUCGCGUUUCUCGUCGCCUUCAACCAAUCCCAGGGACUCAUUGGGUCGGACGGCAUUCUCCCAGCAGCCGACUACGUGCGACAAAUGAAGGACUCGUUCGCCGACGCAGAGGCGUGGGAACGAGUUAAAGCGUUUCCCUCUCUGUUUCUGCUCUUCCCUGUAACGGAUUUCUGGCUGCAUGCCAUCCCGUUUGUUGGGAUGAUUCUCUCGCUGCUCAUGGCCCUUCAAGGCGCAAGCAAUGGUUUUCUCUUGUUCUUUCUGUGGAUCCUGUACCAGACGGUGAACAGUGUGGGACAGGAUUGGUUCAGCUUUAGCUGGGAAUCCCAGCUUCUCGAGCUUGGCUUUCUGGCCAUUUGGACCUCUCCCUUCUGGAGUCUGUCGCGUCUCCCUCCUUCGUGGCCGACCCCGAAAGUUUGUGUCUGGGGCAAUCGCUGGCUCCUCUUCCGCGUCAUACUCGGUUCCGGGCUCAUCAAACUUCGCAACGAUGCAGCUUGGAAAAAUUUAACUGCGCUCGACUACCACUUCGAGACGCAGCCGUUGCCGAAUCCGUUGUCCUGGUACUUCCAAAACCAGACGCAUGGCGUGCAUGCGGCGCAAGUUGUGGUCACUCACAUUGUUGAGUGCGUCCUUUCCUUCCUGGUCCUUCUCCCCUUCCGCCAGUGCCGUCUUUUUGGAGGCGUGAUUCAGAUCGCUUUCCAGGUGGCGAUUCUCGUUUCAGGAAAUCUCGCCUUCCUCAAUUACAUGACCGUCGUGUCGGCAAUCAUGUGCCUUGAUGACCAUUUCCUAACUUGCCUUUUUCCGUCGGCCACCCUCAGUCGCCUCCCCGAGCUGGUUCGAGGCUGCCGGGGCACUUGGUCCUGUCCCCUGGUGCAGGCGUGGCCGUUCCGGAAAUCUCCGCUGGGAGCAAGCGCUGGAGAAGCGAAGGAUCCGCAGGCGAAAAACGGAUCCGACGCUGAGUCGCCGUUGCUCGGAAACCGGGACGCAGGCAGAGAAGGGACCCUGCCUCUGAGCGCCUCAACGGACGACAGUCUGGAUGGCCCUCGAACCUGUUGCUGCUGGUAUCGGCCCAGUUUCUCCCGGAUGGUGCGUUCUCUGCGGAUCCCGUCUCGAGUGCGAACACAAGUACAGAAGGAGAUCAAGGAGAACUGGGGGAAAAUGCUUUUGGAGCUCGCAGCCUCCGCUGCAAUGCUUACAUGCAUGGCGUUUGUGACCAACCCCGUAACGUCGGCUGUUUGGAUGGUUAUCGCCGUCUUUUUCCUCUCCAUCAUCAUCUCUUCGUCGUCCACCUUCUUCACGAACACGCUUGUUUCAAACGCAUGCGCGGAACUCGUCCUUCUUGUCGUCACUCUCUGGAGCUGCAUCGCCAUCUAUCAGCACGGUCCGGCCGUGUGGUCUGUUUGGCUCACCGCCUGUCUAUUUACGGUUCUGAUUGCAUUCGCGUACACCACGCUGACGAACGCAGCUCUGAUUUUCAGAAUCCACGUCGAAGUCCUGAUGUUCCUCCUCAUCGCCGCCCUCUCUGUGCCCGUCGUUCGCAAUAUGGUUUCGCCCUACCAGGUUAUGGAUUCGGACUUGGGAAAUCCCUUCUCCCUGGUCAACACACACGGAGCCUUCGGAUUCGUUAACAAGGAGCGCUAUGAGCUGAUCAUUCAAGGCACCAAUGCAUCUUCGCCGAACCAGGGGACGUAUUGGCAAAACUACGAGUUCAAGUGCAAACCUGGAGAUCUCUACCGGAGACCGUGCUGGGCGGCGCCCUAUCACUACCGCCUCGACUGGCUCAUGUGGCAGGCCGCUAUGGGUAACGGCGAGACAGUGGAAGAGCAGCAUCCCUGGCUCGGCAAUUUCCUUGCCAAAUUGCUCAAGAACUCAAGAAGCGUGACAGGAUUGCUGGCCCAUAAUCCCUUCGAGAACACUGAUCCGCCGACGGCGCUUCGAGUUCUUCGAAUGCAUUAUAGGUUCACGAGGGGUCCCGCAUUUGCGCGAGGACCUUGGUGGGAGGUCGUGCCUCAAACGAAGGAAGUUUUCAUACCUCCUUCUCGGGUGCCCGGAGCCGUCGCACACCUUCGGGAGCAGCUGGUGAUUCUUCGCAGACGAGAAGAACAACAGAGACUUGAGAAGAGACGAAAAGAGGAGGAAGAGAGAAGAAGGAAGGAAGAAGAGGCCUUUAAACGGCGUAUAGAGUUGGCAAAGGAGGAAGAACAGCGGCGAAAGCGAGAAGCGGAGGAAGCAGAGGAACGCAGGCUCGCCGAGCAGAAGCGCCAGGCUGAAGAAGAAAAACGAGUGAGGGAGCAGGACGAAGCAGCAAGGCAAGCGGAGGAAGAAGCGUUAAGGCGACAAGAAGAAGAAGAAAAGAAGCUCCAGGCAGAAGAAGAAAAGGAACGCCAAGCAGAAGAAGAAAAGGAACGCCAAGCACAACGAGAAGACGAAGAGAAGCGCCGAGCAGAAGCCGAGAAGAACCGCAAGGAACAGGAAGAAGCCGCGGUGUUGGCGAAGCAGCGCGCUGACGAGGCGCUAAAAGAAGCAGAGGAAAAAGCUCGGGUGAAUGCGGAUUUAGAGGAGCAAAAACGAAAGAAAGAGGUUCUGGAGGAAGAAAAGAGGCAAAAGGAAGAGAAAGAAGCGGCGGAAAAGCGUCGGAAGGAGGAAAAUGCCAGCAGAGAAGCUGCGCGCGCUGCGGCUGAAAAGGAGGCUGCGAAAGCGAGAGAAAUGGAAGAGCAAGCGAAGAAAGCAGCCAUGGCUGAGCAGGCGAGGGUCGAAGCUCUUCGGGAACGACAACACGCACAGACCGGGCAAAAACCUGCGGUGGUGCCCAGCGAUGGCGGAGUGCCUUUACGUCAUGCCCCGUUGUUGAGUCGAAGGAAACCAACAAUGUAG